AUGUCGGGCAAACGAAAAGACGCCCUUUCGAAGCUAAUUGGAGCAAGAUUCUUCAGCAAAAACUACGAGGCAGAAAAUGGGAAACUUGAGGCAUUGUUUCGGUCUGCACGUGACUUUGAAGGGCAUGGUACCCACACGCUGUCAACAGCUGGUGGAAAUUUUGCUUUUGGUGCAAAUGUGUUUGGUAAUGGGAAUGGCACUGCAAAGGGUGGAUCCCCAAGAGCAAGAGUCGCAGCCUACAAAACGUGUUGGUCUAAAAAUGAUGUGCCUCAAUGCCAUGAUGCAGACAUAAUACAAGCAUUUGAUCAUGCCAUACACGACGCUGUUGAUGUUAUCUCUAUCUCUGCGGGUAAGUAUCCCUCUGCUGAAGCCUUAUUCACUGAUGGGAUUUCCAUAGGGGCAUUCCAUGCUGUUGCCAGAAACAUACUCGUUGUUUGCUCUGCUGACAAUGACGGUCCAACACCUUCGAGUGUCGCAAAUGUUGCACCCUGGUCCUUCACUGUGGCUGCUGGUACAAUCGACAGAGAUUUUCUCAGCAACAUUUCCGUUGGUAACAAACAUUACCUUCAGGGAGCCAGUCUAAAUAGAGGCUUGCCAUCAGGGAAUUUUUAUCCGUUGAUUCACGCAAUCGAUGCUAGACUCCCUAAUGCCACAAUUCAAGAUGCUCGUCUUUGCAAGGCUAGAACACUUGAUCCUAAAAAAGUAAGGGGAAAAAUAGUAAUAUGCGUUCGACGUGAGAAAAUAACAUCAAUUGCUGAGGGCCAAGAAGCUGCUCUUGCCGGCGCAGUGGGAGUGGCUGUGGUGAAUGAUGAGAAAAGUGGAAAAACGCUCUUGGCUGAGCCUCAUCCUUUAACUGCUGUAAACGUGGAUCCGAGAGCUGCUAGUCAAGCGUUCAAUUAUCAAAGUUCCAAUAAAAACAAUAGCAGGGAACUUGCAGCUCACGUUACAUCAGCACAAACAUAUUUAGGAGUAAAGCCAGCUCCAAUAAUGGCUGGAUUCUCAUCCAGGGGUCCAAGUGCGGUGCAACCAUUGAUACUCAAGCCUGAUAUAACUGGUCCUGGUGUGAACAUACUAGCGGGGUAUUCACCAGCUACAGGGCCCUCUAACAUAGCAUCAGAUAAGAGGCGUGUUCUUUUCAAUAUACAACAGGGAACAUCUAUGUCCUGCCCUCACGUUGCUGGAGUUGCCGCUCUUCUUAAAACACUUCAUCCUAAUUGGACCCCUGCAGCUAUCAAAUCAGCCAUUAUGACUACUGCAACAACAUUAGAUAACACAAACCGACCAAUUCGGGACACAUUUGAUAAAGUGGCAACUCCAUUUGAAUAUGGGUCUGGACAUAUUCGACCUAACCAUGCAAUGGACCCUGGUCUUGUUUAUGAUCUAAGCACCAGCGAUUACUUGAUUGUGCUUCUGUCUUUCAACAUUGAAAAUCUUAAUUAUCCAUCAAUCACAGUAGCUUAUGGUGGAAUACACACUAUAAAGGUUACUCGUACACUUACAAAUGUUGGGCCUCCUAGCACUUAUGUUGUGAGCACUCACAAACUAGAAGGAUUUAAGGUCCUCGUUCGACCAAGUUCGUUGACUUUUAAGAGAAUUGCAGAAAAGAAGAAAUUUAGUGUUAUUCUGAAGGCAAGGGGUGUACCUCGUCAUGGUUUUCCAAUAUUUGGGAACUAG